AUGUGCACAAGGCACUUGCCAACACCUUCUUUGCAAGGAAGGCACGGGACAAUCAAUGAGGGGAACUCAAGCUCCUUGACAUGGGAAUCAAGCCCAUCAUCUCACGCACAAGGAUGGCAAGAGGAUCAGAGGGGAGAUAGAUCACACAGGGAACUCAUGCCUUCCUUGACCAGCUCCACCUACAAGAUCACAGCUUACAACACUAGGCAUCAAAGGGAAGGGCUAGUGUUGGAGGGUCAUCACACCUAUCUUGUGUGCAGCUGGAGUCAACUGAUAAGAGAAGGUCCACUGAACCAGGUUCCAAUUCAAGUUCACCAUCCAUUGGCUGGACCUCCAAGCUUCUCCUGCCCAACCCUGAGCUCACCACAGUGUAGGGGUGAGAACAUUGACUUCAGACCCCCUGUGUACACAUUAGUUGGGCAUGAGGAGAUUUGCGAGAAGAGGAGCCUGAGCUCGAUCGAGCUGAGUCGAGCUGAGGAUCGAGCUGAGGAUCGAGCUGAAGAUCAGGUCCAGGAAGUGCGGAUUUGGAGGAUUGGACUUCUCCAAAAGUUCAACAAAUGGCAAGGGAAAGCCAUUGAGAAGAUGCAAAAGUCCAUGGACAAGAUGGUGAGCAAGAUCAAAAGUUUGGAGAAGAAGGUUUCUGGUUCUUCAAGCAAGAAGAAGAAGGCUCCCAGGCCCACAUUCCCUAGGAGUAGAUCACUCCUCACCACUCCAAGGAGGCUCCCUGCCCAAGAGCCUCACAGAGCCUCUUCUUUCGAGCCAAGGGAAGGAGAAGACAACACGCAGAGAAGGAGGAAGACUUCCAAGGCCAGACGCUCCAGCUCGACCACCGGACUCGAUCGAGUCCAAACAGAGGAAACUCAACUCGAUCGAGCUGACGUACGAGCUAGCCAUGCUCCACCAAGGCCAAGGAGCCACACACACUUUGAAGAUGAAGAAGAGGAGAAGAGGAGCCGCAAGCUCGAUCGAGUGAGCCGAACCCAGUUCGAGUGGAGUGCUCCUGAUGGCCGUCUCCCAUCUCCAGACCACGACCUAGUCUCCCAGUUCUUUGGGGGCACUGAGGCUAAGUUUGGGGGUGCCAACUCGAGCUCGAUCGAGUUGGGUGUAAAAACCAGAAAAGUGGUCUUUUGGAGCAUUCUGGAGCAUAUGGGACAUGAGGAGCAUGGAGGGACUUGGCACAUGGACGCAGCUCAACUGGAUACGCAAAGGAAGAAGGGAGAAGCCAUCUUGAAGACCAGCUCGACCCCUACUCGACCAACCGGUCGAGUUCCUCAACUCGACCGGCCAAGCUUCAACUCGAUCGAGCUGAGAAGUCAAAGUCAAACCCGAAAAAUGUUGCUUCCCCCUUGA